CCACGAGGAGGAAGACGGCGAGCAGCGCGUGCAGCACCGAGCGAAUGGGGGAGUGAUGAGUCAAUGCAACUCAGGGUUUUAACGGGAGAGAGAGAGAGAGAGAGAGAGAGAGAGAGAGAAGCUGUCAUGCGUGUGUAGCGCGCCUUCAUUCGACGCCGGAAAGUGAAUCGCAAGUGUAACCGAGCGCACGCGCGCGCGCGCACGCACUCCAACAUAUAUCUAUAUACACGCGCACACACGCACGCACGCACGUCGGAUGAAAAAAAAAAAAAAAGAAGAAGAAGCCUCUCCGUUUUUUUGUCCGCUUCCGCCGCUUUGCAACCGGACUGGAGCAGAGAGAGAGAGAGAGAGAGAGGAGGAGAAGAAGAAACAAGACAAGAGGAGAGAAGAGCGAGAGAGAGGAGAGGAAAGGCGAAGCGCCGCCCGCUGUUCCGCGUCGUUUUCUCCGCGCCACCACCACCACCGCCGCCGCCGCCGCUGCUGCUCCUUCUCCUCUCUCCCGGUUUACGAGCAUGCUCGCGGAUCCGUGAGUCGCCAUGCCCUUCGCGUUCCCUCCGCCUUCUCGCUCUUUCCCGGCGCCGCGGUCGCUCUCUCGGUCGCUCCUUCGCCACCAGCCCGGACUGCACCGACACCAGGAGCCGCUCAAACUCGCGUAAAGUCGUCAGUCGCACAGAGCUCGCGCCGCUCCGCUAUCUUGCGUUAACGAGCAACCCAUCACCAUAACCCGUGCAUCGCCCUGUCCCGCUCAUCCUUCCUUCUCAUUUUCUUAUUUCUUGCUAUUAUUAUUAUUAUUUAUUUAUUUAUUUAUUUUUACCCCUGUCCUCCUCCUCCUCCUCCUCCUCCUCCUUGCCCCACGUUAACGCGCUCGCGCACGGCCGCUCGAGUCGUUAAUUGUCGGGUUGGCACGAGCGACGGAAGGGAAGGGUGUAAAGUUUUGCACGGACUCCCCAAACUUCGAUCCCUUGAUGAGCCUUUCAGUUCGGACGUGACUCUGACUUCCAGGUGACCGUGAGCAGUGGAGCUGAGUCAUGAUGGACCAUCUCAGCGAGUCGUGCCUGGGGAAGGAGAACUGCGAGCGGCUCGAACUGGUGGGCGGUUUGAACGACAAGGGCCCCCCGGCUAAGAUAGCAAGGCUGGAACAGAACGGCAGCCCUCAGGGGCGCUCGCGCCUGGGCAGCACCGGCGCCAAACUAUCCGGAGUGGCCUUUAAACCUUCUCCGCACCUGCUCAAGACCUCGCACAAGAGAGGAAACAUGCUUCCCGUGUUCUGCGUCGUCGAGCACUACGAGAACCCGAUCGACUUCGACAGCAGGGAAGAGCACGCCGAAUUCGUGCUGGUCAGAAAGGACAUGCUCUUUAACCAGCUGAUCGAGAUGGCGCUGCUCUCGCUGGGGUACUCUCACAGCUCCGCAGCGCAGGCUAAAGGUAUGAUCCAGGUGGGCAAAUGGAACCCCGUCCCCCUGUCGUACGUGACCGACGCCCCCGACGCCACCGUAGCCGACAUGCUUCAGGACGUCUACCACGUCAUCACGCUAAAAAUCCAGCUGCACAGCCACCCUGAAUCACUCUCUCUCUUCCUCUCUCUACCUCCAUCUGUCCCUCCAUGCAGUUGUCCUAAACUGGAAGACUUGCCUCCCGAGCAGUGGACUCACUCGACGGUGCGAAACGCCCUCAAGGAGUUACUCAAAGACAUGAACCAGAGCUCUCUGGCUAAAGAAUGCCCCUUAUCACAGAGCAUGAUAUCCUCCAUCGUGAACAGCACUUACUAUGCAAACGUGUCUGCGGCGAAGUGUCAGGAAUUUGGACGCUGGUAUAAACAUUUCAAGAAGACAAAAGAUAUGAUGGUCGUGCGCCAACCCUCCCAGCUGGAGGGCUACCUGGGGACGUGCGUCCUCCACGACAGCCCACGUGCCACCACAUUAGCCGAAAUGGACGGCCUGUCAGAGCUUUCUCCGCCCAGCACCAACCACCUGAGCUUCAGUCAGCAGCCCAUUCCAGGCAGCACGGCCGAGCAGCCCCCGUCCCCAGUGCCCCUGGCUCACAGCGGCCAGGCCCCAGGCCGUGCCCAGCUACCCGGUCUCCAUCCUGGCCUGGUGUCCAGCCCAAUCAGCCCUCAGCUGGUCAACCAACAGAUCGUCAUGGCGCAGAUACUGAACCAGCAGUACGCAGUGAACCGGCUGCUCGCGCAACAGUCCCUAAACCAGCAGUACCUGAACCAUCCGCCGGUCAGCCGGGCCCUCAGCAAGCCCCUGGAUACGCAGGUGUCCUCCAAUACAGAAGUCUCUUCCGAGAUCUACCAGUGGGUGAGGGACGAGCUGAAGAGAGCCGGGAUCUCGCAGGCCGUGUUCGCUCGAGUCGCAUUCAACAGGACUCAGGGAUUAUUAUCGGAGAUUUUGAGGAAAGAGGAAGAUCCAAAAACGGCGUCUCAGUCCCUGCUGGUGAACCUGAGGGCCAUGCAGAACUUCCUGCAGCUUCCCGAGGCCGAGAGAGACCGCAUUUAUCAGGAGGAGAGAGAGAGGAGUUUAACGGCGGCGUCCUCCAUGGGUCCUGCCCCGCUUAUUAGCACUCCGCCAUCACGCCCUGUCCAGAGUGUAGGAGUGAACCAGAUGCUGCUUUCCAGUUCAGAUCCCAGAAUCAGCUGCUACUCCGACUCGCCCAGAAGAGAAGAAUGUAACAACAUCAGACCUGAAGACUGGAACCCCAGGAUUCCGGUUGGGAUCUCUCCUGCAUCUCGGCUCCCUGCCCAGGUGAAGCCCCUGCCGCUGGCAUCCGAAUGGAACGGCAAGCAGGAGACCUCCAUCCUCAACAUCAGCUCGUCCAUCUACGAGAUCCAGCAGGAGAUGAAGAGGGCCAAGGUGUCGCAGGCCAUGUUCGCCAAGGUCGCCGCUUCCAAGAGCCAGGGCUGGCUGUGCGAGCUGCUCCGUUGGAAGGAGGACCCGUCCCCGGAGAACCGCACGCUGUGGGAGAACCUGUCCAUGAUUCGGCGCUUCCUGAGUCUCUCGCAGUCAGAAAGAGACGCCAUCUACGAGCAGGAGAGCAACGGAGGGCAGCAGCACCACCCCGAGAGACCCACACACCUGCUGCACAUGCCCACCGAGCCACUGCAGCCCCAGGCCCACCCUCUACCUACAGCCCAGCUCCAGCCUGCCCUGGCGCUGCCCCACCCAACGCAGCCGCUCGUUUGCCAGCAGCCUCAGCCUCAGCAGCAAACAGGACCCCGCCUGCCGCCUCGCCAGCCUUCCACCGCCGCGCCCGCCGAGGCCGAGGACGAUUCGCGUCAGGCUAAAGGUCGCACCAGCUCCCGGAUCUCCUUAGAGGCGCUCGGGAUCUUGCAGAGCUUCGUGCAGGACGUAGGGCCGUACCCGGACGACGAGGCCGUUCACACGCUCUCGGCUCAGCUCGACCUGCCCCGCCAAACAAUCAUCAAGUUCUUCCAGAACCAACGCUUCUGCGUGCGGCCCAAAGAAGCGGCGUCAGGGAUCGGCCUCGCUGCGGCCAGCGAGCAGGACGAAGUUUGCAUGACGGACUUCAAAGAACGCGAGCUGCUCAAAGAGUUGGACGAGAGCACGCAGACUACUAGCAUCUUCACCAUCAAGAUCGAGGAGCACGCAGGUGCCGAGGGACAAUGUCAGGCCGAGCAGGCAGUGAAAGAUUAAACCCCUCAGACUCAACUCCAGUAAGACUGUAAGACUCUGAACUUUUGGGACUGCGUAAUACAGAAGUAUUACUUUUUUUGUAAAAGCCCUGUAUUAUUAUUAUUAUUAUUAUUAUUAUUAUUAUUAUUAUUCCACUGUAAAGAUUUGCGCAUCAUUAAAUAACCUGCACAAUGAAAUCAAAAUCAAGAAAAUGUAACAAAAAAAAAAAACUUAACUAUGUUGCUGUGGAUGUUUGCUGACUGCACUCGAUGUAUGUUGUUUUUACACUGAACUUCCAAACUACUGAUUUUAAAAGAAAACAUUUCGACUCGGUCGAAGUUUGAUAGACUUUGAUAGAUGUUUACGUACGUGGUGUUAACUGGAUUUUUUUAUUAUUAUUAUUAUUAUGAUUAUUUUAAUGCAACUGAUAAUAAAAUAAAAACGGGGGCCUUAAAGGUGACAAACUGCUGAACAACACAGCGUUUUCUUUACGGAAUCGAAGGAUCACGCAGGAUCUGGCGCCCCGAAGACCUGCAGGUAGCCCGGAGGAGGAAUAGAUCACUUUUUCAACCUUGACUUUAUUAUUUGUUUGAAAGGAAUAUAAAUAUAUAUAAAUAUAUAUAGACAUAUAUUAAUUGUAAAAAAUAUAUACAGUCUUAAAGAAACUAUGCCAACAAAUGCCUUGUACUAUAUGGCACUGCCGAUGUUAGAUUAUUUUGCGAGAAAACCUUUGUCACUGUAAUUUUCAGGAUUUUCACACGGUUUCGAAAAGAAAAAAAAAAAAAAGCAAAUGUGAAUCACAAUUUUAUUCCUCGUCAUCUCACGUUAUUUAUUUGCAGCUCAUUCGGUUUUCCCGAUGUAAUGACGUCCUAUCUGUCGCAGCACACCCUUUUUAUUUGACUAUUUAUAAAUGUGAGUUUGAUGGGCAGUAAAAAAAAAAAGUGUCUUAAACGUUUUUAAAUGGAAAAAAAUGUGCUUUAACGGUUGCCGAAAAAACGACAAAAAAAAGCGACUCAUGCUACGAGCUUCACGGAUUAAUGUUGUAUGCAAUUUUUUCCUCUCAUGCAAAUAAGCUUAGGAGAAACGACGAACCUAUAGACCACCUUCGAGAAAAGAAGACGAAGAAAAAAAGACAAAAAAAAAAACAUAUGCAAUUUGUGUGGAGUUCGAUGUUUGCGAUGUGUCUUCCUUUUUUUGGUUAACGAUACGACUCAAAGCUAUUCCUGUAUAAAAAUAUUCUGUAUAAAAAGGAGCGUUUGUUUUUUUAUGAGUUUAUCGCAAGGAGAACACCGGUUAUUUUGUUACGACUGACUGUUUUAUAAGUGUUUCUCGGUUUUUUCCUCGAGCGAAACUGUUCGAACUAGGAGUGGUUAUUGAUUGUUAAUGACACAAUUAAACUGUUUGUAUUGCA